AUGUCCUGCAAACACGCAGUAGAUCCAAACUCACUGACUGCAUGGUGUCAGAGCCUUCUGGAUCGGGAAGAAAUUGGUCAGUACAAAUUCUACUGCCCAGCGUUGAAAGAUGAUGGACAGGUAUGUGGACAGGAAUGGCCCUACCAUGAAGUUUGCAAGCUGGCAGUACUGACCAGAGAGGAACAGCUGCAUUUUGAGGAAACAGUUGCUGUGCUGGCUGCAGCUGAGUACUGUGAAUACAAAUCAUGUCCUGGAUGUGGAACAUAUGUUGAACGCACAGACCUGAGUAACUUGAGUGUCCGCUGCACUCUCUGUACUGCAGAAAAGGGGAGUGUUUACAAGUUCUGUUGGCAGUGCCUGAAACCAUGGAAGCAAUGUGGCCCACGUCCUGACCGAUGUGAUAAUGAAGGGUGCACCAAUGUGGAACUGGACACACUACGCCUUUGCCCAUUAGUCAACAUCUUAGAUACUGUAGUGAAGAAUUGCCCUUCCGUUCGAGCCUGCCCAACAUGUGGUAAGCUGCUUGAACACAACCAAAAGCGAUGUGAAAAUAUUAUCUGUUGGAGGUGCCAAGUUGAACUUUGCUUUGCCUGUCUGGAGCUAACAGAAGUUUGCCAGCAAAAAAAAACACACACACUCGUGGUAUGGUCUCUGUGCUAA